CUCUUUUAAUAAUAGAUUAGAAUAUAAAACGCUCCUCCUGCUUAAACUCGUGCACGAGCAGCACGACGCGACAGUCAUGAAGGUGGUUUUCAGUCGUGUUUGUGUGUUGAUCGGAUCCUGGAGCGGCUUGGUGCUGUUUGCGUUUAUUGCAAUGGUGCAUUUACACGGUGGAGACGUGGGAGUAGGAGUACCAUAUAAGCCUUACGGUGAUGUAGCACCGCCUUGGCCUGAGCUCGACAGCUUGUCAGAACUGACUCGAAGUCCGUCAUUCGACUCUCAGACUGAGGGUAGCAAACCAAGGACAAUGCAUAAUAGACUCCAUAGAGGCGGAGAGGAGGGCGAGGAGGAAGGGGGGAAGGAGGAGGAGGAAGAGGAGGGAAAUGUCGGGGAUGAUAGACCCCCAGACAAGUACAGAGAGACUCUGCGGCGGCCAGGUGAGGCAAGCUUACAAGUGCGCGGUGAUGGGGGAUCCGAGGGUGAAGCGAGGCCCGACCAGCUGUCGGACGAACGCCCAGCGUCGACUUCUGAAUCACGACGAGAGUCAGGAGGGCAAUCAGGAAUUGGGUCAGGUUCGCCGCCAGGUUCGGCGUCCAGGGGACCAACCUCUCUGACAUCCUUGAGAAAGGGUAAGGCUCGGCUGACGAACGGAGGGGGUGCUGACGCGCCGGACCGUAGCCGGCAGCUCGACCCGUCGAGCCGUCUUCGGGCACAGGAUUCCCGAAGGGGUGUUGCACCUGCUCGUAGUGCUCCUGCACUCGGAAACCUCAGCGAAUCGGCAGAUUCGGCACUACCGGUAGGAGGAGCAUCCACUCCCGUCGAACUAAGUUCAGGUGGGUCUACCGGUAGUAGUCCAAGCCGCCAAGCAGGCCACCGAGACCUACAGAAACGAGCAGCUGGUCAUUAUGCCGCCUCAUCGAGUAGUAGUAGCGGUCGUACUAGCGGUAGUAGAGAGAAUGUCGCGGGGGUCAUUCGCAGUGGGACUGCCGAGAGAAAUAAAAGCGACCAAAAAAUACAGGCGAACGAUUGUCCAGCGGGCGUUUUCGCGCGCAAUCGGAUCCGCUCGGCUGCGGAUUUCGAAAAUGUGGGUUCGAUCCCGUCAUUCUUCACACGGCUUCCGCGACCUGCGCCUUCGGCAGCGCUGGAGUCCUCCCAGGGGCGUCGCGAUAGUCGCGCGAGCCGUGGCGGCGGCGCCACCACCGACACUGAUGAUUCGAAUCCGACCCGGCGAGAUACGGCUCCGCAGCCUCCGCUCACUCGGCGGUUGACUCGCGCCGCGGUCGUCCCCUACUCGAAUACGACGAAGAUCCCUGACCAUGUCUUUUUCCUAAAUAUGUACCACGAGAUCCGUGGGUGCGCCCACACUCACUGCUCUGUCGAGAGCUUCCUGAACAAGAAUCCGAACUACACCGUCUACUUUUACUCCAGCAACCAGACGUACUUCCGCACCAAGUGGUCAGAGCGCAAAGACCCGCGCAUCGUGCUCAAGAGCUUCGAUUUUGUCGAGAUAUUUCGAGGCACGCCGCUAGAGAAGUGGUACACCUCCGGCACUUACCGAAACACCAGCUGGAUCCCGAAUAAUCUCAGUAAUGCGGCCAGAUACGCGCUGCUUUGGAAAUACGGCGGGACGUACCUGGACAUGGACUUCAUCAGUCUCAACGCUCUGCCUGUGGGGUUAGGCAGCGCACUGGCGGCGGAGGACGACAAGUCGAUCAACAACGCUUUCGUACGGUUCGCGCCCGGGCAUAAGUUCCUCCUGGAGGCUAUGGAGGAUUUCGUGCGGAAUUUCAACGGCUACGAGUGGGGCAAUCAAGGGCCCAAACUGCUGACACGUGUCUAUAUGAGAAACUGCCUGGACAUCAACGCCGUCGAGGAGUGGCUGGUGUCGCAUAAGAACGUGUCGAGAGACAAGGCAAGAGCUCGAGCCCGUAGCAACACGGGGGGGCAUUUGAACGCGAGCCGUCUGUCUGCUUCGUAUAUUGCUCCUGAUUUCUGCUACGAUCUUCCCGUGUUGAGCUGGGAAUACUGCUACCCGAUCUACUGCGGACAACCUUGGGAGUUUAAGCAGGCAUGGAAGAAGUCGUGUAAGCAAUGGCGGCAACGCCAAGAGAAGGCCAUCAUGGUACACUACUGGGGGCACUACUUCCCCCACAACGACACCUUCGACAAGGACAGCGUAAUGGCGGAGAUGAUGAGAGGGACAUGUCCGCGCACAUACCAUCAGUGUGGUUGGGAGAGCCGUGGCUUAUAACUGCUGGGCUGUCUGGUAGGUCUACUUAGUUACCACCCCCCUCCCCCCUUCC